AUGCGUAUCGAACGACGGUACGAUCGUAGGCUUCUGAAGAAGGUUCUUACUCGGUCUCCGUCUCCCUACAGGUUCAUUCAGGAGAUCGAGGCCAGCAUGGGUCCAGGGAAGCAGUGCCAGCUCCGUACCUUCCUCACCUACUAUAUCAACGAGUUGUUUCUGAACCAAGUGCGCACCGAGACCAAUAAAGAAAUAGAAACCGUCACUAAAGUGGCUGAUCCUCUCAAAAUCCUGGCCAGCGCUGACACCAUGAAGAACCUGGGCGUCCAGAGACCUCUUCUACAGAGCACCAUCAUUGUUGAGAAGUCCAUCCAGGAUCUGAUGAGUCUCAUGCAGGACCUCAGUACUUACUCUAACCAAUUCCUGGAGAUGAUCUGUGACAAGCUCAAAGAGUACAAGGAGAUCUGCAACACCGCCUACAGGAGUAUAGUACAGUGUGAAGAAAAGCUGACCAUCAGUGCCUCCUGGGCCAAAGACGAGGACAUCAGCCGUCUGCUGCAGUCUCUACCCAACUGGUCCAACAUGACUCAACCCCGACAGGUGCGUCAGAAAAGAGAGGACGAGGAGGAUUUUACACGUGCGGCUUUUGCUAAGGAGUCCGAGGUGCUGACGGGGAACCUGGGAGACAAGCUGAUUCCUCCGAGCGAGAUUCUUAGGGAUGUUAGUGACCUGAAAGCUCUGGCUAACCUGCAUGAGAGCAUGGAGUGGCUGGCUGUUUGCCUCAAAGGCUUCUUCUUCAGCCUGCCCCAAAACUCCAGUUCCUCUCCAGGCUCGGACACACAUGCGAGCAGUGAGAGUGCCCGUAAUCGUGAGCACAUCCUACAGACCCUAUCAGACCUAGCCAGGUCUUUUCAGGACAUCGCAGACCGCUGUCUGCUCGUGCUGCACCUGGAGGUCAGAGUGCACUGCUUCCACUAUCUCAUCCCCCUGGCCAAGCAGGGCAACUACGCCAUUGUGGCCAACGCCGCCAGCAUGGACUACGACCCCCUAGUGGUCAAGCUGAAUAAAGACAUCAGCGCCAUUGAGGAGGUGAUGGGAGCCGCGCUGCAGCAGCACAAGUUCCAGUACAUCUUCGAGGGUCUGGGCCACCUGAUCUCCUGUAUCCUGAUCAAUGGAGCUCAGUACUUCAAGCGCAUCAGUGAGUCUGGAAUUAAGAAGAUGUGCAGGAACAUAUUUGUGCUCCAGCAGAACCUCACCAACAUCACCAUGUCACGUGAAGCCGACCUGGACUUCGCUAGGCAGUACUAUGAAAUGUUGUACAACGCAGCAGAUGAGUUGUUGAACCUGGUGGUGGAUCAGGGUGUGCGUUACAGCGAGCUGGAGUACAUUAACGCUCUGAGCCUCCUGCACCGAAGCCAGACGGGCGUGGGAGACCUGAGCGUCCAGAACACACGCCUGCAGCGUCUCAAAGAGAUCAUCUGUGAGCAGGCUGCCAUCAAACAGGCCUCCAAAGACAAGAAGAUAACCACUGUUUCAUUAACUCGGAAGAAAAGUGCUUAACAAGAGAGGGAGAAAGAAAGCUCUGUCGAUACAGAAACACGGGCACCAGGCAACGGGGCUCCCCGAAGCCAGCGCAGCAAUACAUCAUUAUGACUCAGUGUCAGGAAUCAAUAGCGGCCUACGGGGGCUGCCGAACGUAUUAACACGGAGAAAACAUCUUUAAUAUUCCGACUUCAUUUCAAUGAUCGCGUGCAUACGGAGACGAAGCGAAGGAGAGGUUGCUGAAAUGUCACAGGAGUGAGGUUCGGUGGAGCGAAGCUGAGAGCUACUUAAACCUGAUUCGCUCAAUUUUUCUUUUUAAUAUGUACAAGUUCAUCUCCAGUCCUCAGCAGAAUUCCCACAAACACCAGAAUAUUUUGUAUGCUUUUUUUUUUCUGAGGUAUUUUUUUUUUUUGGCUGUUAUAAGAGUUAAGGUCAGUGUGUUUAAAAUUAUUAGCGACCGAUUUCUUUUGCUUUAAAUGUACGAUGAUUAUUACUCGACCUACUAAAAAUCGAAUGAAAUCUUUCUGUGGCAUUUCAAUUCUGUACAAUAGAGUCAAAACGGAAAUAAAUACAACGGACGCCGUC